CUUUUAAAGCAGUGCUAUUGGGUAUAGCUUAGGGAUAAAAUUGACCAUUUACCCGACUUUAUUAUAACUUGUGGAGGAACAAAACACCAGCUUAAUGGUGAUCAUGUCUUUACAACACUGAAACAAACCAUAAAAUAUACAAUUUUCAAUUUUUGGGUUAUAAAUGGAAGGCAGUGGAGGAUAUCAAAACUUAUAAAAUGGUGAUGGAUAAGGAAGUAUGUGUGGUAUUCCCUAAAUCAGGGCUUUCCAGCAUUUAAAUGAUUCCUUCUCCGGUGCACGAUUUCCUCGUACUUAAUUAAGAUUUUUGUUCUUGAGAUUCCGGCUCUCCUCAAAAGCAAUAAAUGAACUGUCUUUCUUCAAAGGGUGCAAUUAAUUCUAGAUUUGGUCGAAAAGGAACUGAUGAGGAAAACCCACAGAAAAGAAAAAGUAAACAAGUAGCUGCUACACUUGAUUCAGCUGUUGAGCCACGGCGUUCUUCCCGCUUCCAUGGAGUGUCAAAUAGAAGGAACUGCACAUCAGAGGAAAAGUUAAACUCGUGCAACUUUGACUGCUACCUGAAGAAUAUAUGGAGCGAACUACCAGAGGAUAAGAAAAGUUUGUUUCUGUGCCUUGACUCCAUGUGGUUUUCCUCAUACACAACCAAAGCUUUCAAGCCUAAGGUGUUGAGGUGGAUUAAGAACAAAAACAUAUUCUCGAAAAAAUAUGUUCUUGUUCCCAUCGUACUCUGGAAUCAUUGGUGUCUUUUGAUCUUUUGCCAUCUCGGUGAAAGUUUAGAGUCAGAAUCGACAACUCCCUGCAUGUUGUUGCUAGAUUCGUUGCAGAUGGCAAACUUGCAAUUCGAACCUGAGAUAAGAAAAUUUGUUUCGGACAUAUUCAAGACUGAAGAGAGGCCAGAGAGUCAGAAGCUGAUAAAGAAAAUCAAGUUAUUGGUUCCUAAGGUACCACAACAAAAAAAUGAUACCGACUGCGGUAAAUAUGUUCUCUACUACAUUAGCCUUUUCCUAGAUUGCGCUCCAGAAAAUUUUAGCAUUUCAGAAGGCUACCCUUACUUUAUGAAGGAAGACUGGUUUACUCUGGACCAGCUAGAAAGCUUUUGGCAAAAACUGCAGACUCAGACCAAGGAUUCUUCUGAGGAGUCAUCAUUUUCUGAUGGAAGCUUCUCAGGUUCUGAGGAUGUUAUACUGAAAGGAGAGGACUUAAACAUGUUAGAUGGACAGAGUAAGCAUCAAACACCAACACUAAAUUCGGGUCGUCGCCAGAGAAGUCGCAAGGCAACUGGUGAUGCUAUUGUUGAUGCAAUGCUGGAAUUUGCAGCCGCUUCAAAGAUGAGGGCAGCUGCCAUUAUGAGGAAUGAAGAGCGCUUUGCUAUAAGCAAAUGCAUAAAAGUAUUAGAUGAAAUGCAAGGUGUUGAUCAAAGUAUCUACCUUUUUGCAUUGAAUUUAUUUGAGAAUCCAAAUGCCAGAGAAACUUUUAUCGCUCUUAAGACUGAGAGACGCUUGACUUGGUUGCAAUGUAAGUUUAACUUAGGACUAUUUUAGAAUUGAGACCAACAUCUAGACAUAAGGGACCAGAUUUUGCCAUUUUUCUCUGGCAAAGAGUCAGGGAGGGACGGAUCUACUGUUGAAGUUACGGGUUUUGACACAAUCUGACCUAAAUCAAGUAUUUGUAUGAAGAAAUCUACUCCAUAUGUAUAAACAAUCCAUCACAAAUCUAGUUAUUGUUCAUAAA